UUUUGUGUUUUUGAAGCCGAUCUCGAGGUUGGAGGCCACGGCAAGGUGCUAGAUAUAAACAACCCAAAUUCGCAGCCUUGCGAUCUUUCCCCAUUCUCCUCGCCGGCAAGCUUGAAGCAAAGCUCUCCGUUCUUCUCCUUCGAUCUUCGACGCGUGCAUCCUUCUGUUGAUAUCCAGGAUCAAAAAUGGCAAGCGAGAGCUACUUGAAAACUUGGGUUUCGGAUAAGCUGAUGACUCUGAUGGGAUACUCCAAGAGCGUUGUCGUGCAAUAUGUUAUCCGUUUGUCUAAGGAAUCGUCUUCACCCUCUGAUCUUCUAAGCAAGUUGUUGGAAUAUGGGUUUUCUUCAUCAGCAGACACACGGUCGUUUGCUGAAGAGAUAUUUGCUAAAGUUCCUCACAGACAAUCUGGUAUGAGUGAUUACCAAAAACAGGAAAAAGAAGCAGCUUUGUUUGCAAAGAAGCAAAUGAGUUACAAAUUGUUGGAUGCUGAUGAUGACGAUGAUGAAGGAGCUGGCUCAGUAACUGCCACCUCUGCAGCUUCUCAGCCUGGAAAAAAAGAGUCCCAUAGAAAGCGUUUUAGGAGGAAAAAUGAAACCCAAGAUGAUGAAGAUGAUGAGGUGACUACAUCCAAAGAUGUUGGGCGCCAAGUUCGAAGCCGUACUUCUGAGGUUGAUGAUGGCGAUGAUGGCGAUGAUGACAGUGAGUCAGAAGCAGCUAGAAUACGUGAUCAAGAAGCAAGAGAGCGACUGGAAAGGAAUAUUAGAGAAAGAGAUGCAGCUGGAACUCGGAAGUUGAUGGAACCCAAGGUUUCGAAGAAGGAGGAAGAGGAGAUGAUUCGAAGAUCUGCAGCUAUGGAGCAAGACGACACUUCAGAUCUAAGAGUGGUGUCGAGACAAAUGUAUUUGCAGAAAAGGCGAGAGAAGAAGCUUUUGGAGCUGCGGGAUGAUAUUAUAGACCAUGAGUAUCUCUUUGAGGGUGUCAAGUUGACAGAAGCAGAAGAGCGCGAGUUUAGGUACAAGAAACAAAUUUUUGAGCUUGCCAAAGAGCAUGUAGAAAAUCUUGAUGAUAUUGAUGAGUAUAGGAUGCCUGAUGCAUAUGAUCAAGAGGGGGGUGUAAAUCAAGAGAAAAGAUUUGCUGCAGCUGUGCAGCGAUACAAGGAUUCUGCUGUGGGUGAUAAAAUGAAUCCGUUUGCAGAACAAGAAGCAUGGGAAGAACACCAAAUUGGUAAGGCAACCCUAAAGUUUGGCUCUAAGAACAAAAAACAAGCAGUGGAUGAUUAUCAGUAUGUUUUUGAGGAUGGGAUUGACUUCAUCAAGGAAUCUGUUAUGGAUGGUGUCCAGGUGGAAAGACAUAAAACAUUUUUUUCCCUUGAUUCUUACAUUUGCUGUGGUUGUUAUCUCCUGAAUGCUGUUCUGAUCUUAGAUGUGUAUUCAAGCAGUAUGAAGAUGCAUUGGAUGGCGAGACUCCUGAAGAUGUUGCUGCAAAAUCUGCACUUCAAAAGAUUCAAGUAUGACGUCUUUAACAACUUUCGGCUUGCAAAUUUUUCCAUUGCUUAUGAUGAUAGGAAGACCUUGCCCAUCUAUCCUUAUCGCGAAGAACUACUCCAGGCUGUUAAUGAUCAUCAGGUCCUUGUAAUUGUUGGGGAGACUGGCUCUGGAAAGACUACUCAGAUACCUCAAUACCUUCAUGAAGCUGGAUAUACAAAACAUGGGAAGGUUGGAUGCACACAACCACGACGUGUUGCAGCCAUGAGUGUUGCUGCACGAGUGUCACAGGAGAUGGGUGUGAAACUAGGUCAUGAGGUUGGCUAUUCCAUUCGGUUUGAAGAUUGUACUUCAGAGAAAACUAUUCUGAAAUAUAUGACAGAUGGGAUGUUGUUGCGUGAAUUCCUUGGUGAGCCUGACUUGGCCAGUUACAGUGUUGUGAUGGUGGAUGAGGCACAUGAGAGAACACUCUCAACAGACAUUUUAUUUGGUUUAGUGAAGGAUAUUUCUCGUUUCCGGAAAGAUCUCAAAUUGCUUAUAUCUAGUGCAACGCUUGAUGCUGAGAAGUUCAGUGAUUACUUUGACUCAGCCCCGAUUUUUAAAAUACCAGGAAGGCGGUUUCCUGUUGAUAUACAUUUCACAAAGGCGCCUGAAGCAGAUUACAUUGAUGCAGCCAUAGUCACUGUUCUUCAAAUUCACGUGACACAACCACCUGGUGACAUUCUUGUAUUUCUCACUGGACAGGAGGAAAUAGAAACAGUUGAUGAGAUACUGAAGCAUCGGACAAGGGGUUUAGGUACAAAGAUAGCAGAGCUUAUUAUAUGCCCAAUUUAUGCUAAUCUUCCAACAGAGCUUCAGGCCAAAAUCUUUGAACCAACACCAGAGGGAGCUCGCAAGGUUGUUUUGGCGACAAACAUAGCCGAAACAUCACUGACAAUUGAUGGUAUUAAAUAUGUUGUUGACCCUGGAUUCUGCAAGAUAAAAUCAUAUAAUCCAAGGACAGGUAUGGAGUCCUUGCAGAUCAAUCCAAUCUCAAAGGCUUCUGCAAUGCAAAGAGCCGGUAGGUCUGGACGUACUGGACCUGGAAAAUGCUUUCGUUUGUAUACAGCAUAUAAUUAUCACCAUGACCUUGAAGAUAACACUGUACCAGAAAUACAGAGGACCAACCUUGCUAAUGUUGUACUCACUCUGAAGAGCCUGGGGAUUCAUGACCUGGUGAAUUUUGAUUUCAUGGAUCCACCCCCCUCCGAGGCAAUACUGAAAGCCCUUGAGCUACUAUUUGCUCUUAGUGCAUUAAAUAGUAAGGGAGAAUUGACCAUGGUUGGGAGAAGGAUGGCAGAGUUUCCUUUGGAUCCCAUGCUUUCCAAGAUGAUUGUUGCAUCAGACAAAUACAAAUGUUCUGAUGAGAUUAUUUCAAUUGCUGCAAUGUUGUCUGUGGGAAAUUCAAUAUUCUACCGACCAAAGGACAAACAAGUUCAUGCAGACAAUGCAAGGCUAAAUUUCCACACAGGAAAUGUUGGGGACCAUAUUGCACUACUGAAUGUCUACAAUUCAUGGAAAGAAACUAAUUUCUCCACCCAAUGGUGCUAUGAAAACUACAUACAGGUCCGGAGUAUGAAACGGGCUAGGGAUAUCAGAGACCAGCUGGAGGGUCUCUUGGAAAGAGUUGAGAUUGAAAUCACCGCAAGUCCCAAUGAUUUGGAUGCAGUAAAGAAGGCUAUCACUUCAGGUUUUUUCCAUCAUUCAGCAAGGCUGCAGAAAACUGGAGCAUAUAAAACUGUCAAAAAUCCCCAAACAGUAUACAUACACCCCAGCUCUGGUCUAGCACAGGUGCUUCCACGAUGGGUCAUUUAUCAUGAACUCGUGCUUACUGCCAAAGAGUACAUGCGCCAGGUUAUCGAAUUGAAACCAGACUGGUUGGUGGAAAUCGCACCUCAUUACUACAAGUUGAAGGAUGUUGAAGAUACGGGGUCGAAGAAAAUGCCUCGUGGGCAAGGCCGAGCUGCUAUGGAUUGAAGCAAGGCUUGUUUCUUGGAUAAUACUAUAACGAUUUUGCUGUAUUGGGCGCAGGAACUAUCCUUAUUGCACAGUGAAAAGUUAAAAAAAAAAAUGUAUUUGGAGUGUUGUUUGCUGAGGAAACUGUGAAUAGCGUUUGUUGUGCAUUUCGUUUUAAUUUUCCGACUUAGUUCAUCAUGUAAUAUUAUUGUAUGGUAGCAAAAGUACCGUGCCGUGGUUCAUCGGCUGCACGAAACCGCUGUAUAUUGGAGUUCUAACAAGUUAACGAUCGUUUCAUGUACUUGGAUGGCUAUUAUCUUUGGUUGAUGAUGCAUCAUGGCGAGUUUUUCUGGCA